AUGGCGGAGAAGCAGAGCCCUGUGGACUACGGCGUCCAGAUCCGCUUCAUCAACGACCUGCAGGAGCCCCGGAGACCCCCCAAGGCGCGGGGCAAGCCCGGCUCCUACGGGGUGGCAGUGCGGGUGCAGGGCAUCGCCGGGCAGCCCUUCGUCGUCCUCAACAGCGGCGAGAAGGGCAGCGACUCCUUCGGGGUGCAGAUCAAGAGCGAGGGCUCCUACCCGAACCCCCCCACCGGCCCCCAGCCCUCUGGCUCCAUCAGCUCCGACUCAGACCUGCCGGAAAACCCCUACACCGGGCGGCAGCCCCAGCACGGCUCGUCCUACAGCACCUCGGAUGAGGAGGCGAGCGGCGUUUCGGCGACCUCCCGGCACAAGCCCAAACCUCUGCCGGGCAAGCAGCCACUCCAGGAGGAGCUGCGGAGGACGCAGUCCCACGGGGAUCUGCUCAGCGCCGCCGCGGAGGAGCCUUUUGCUGCCGGCGCUCCCCAGGCCAGCGGCAGCCGGCGGCACUGGGCUGUGGCCGGCAGCAAAAGCAGCAGCAUGUUGAACAUCGCACCGGAGCGGAGCAAAGCCUCUGGCUCGAGGGCCAUGGCCAAGGACCCCUCCUCGGACACGGAGGCCGCGGUGGACGCUGGCGGCAGCGACGUGGACACCAAACCCCUCUCCUCGGUGGAUUCGCUCAUCAGCAAAUUCAACGGGAAGGUGCAGCAGCGAGGCCGGGCGGCCAGGAGGGGCCGGAUCCCCUCGGAGGAGAGGAAACGCUCGCAGAGCCUGGACAGCCGCAUCUCCCACCGUGAUGUGCCAGAUGCCAGGGAGCUGAGCGGUGCCCAGCACCGGGUCGGCAGCGUUCGCCCCCAGCCCUCGGUGCCCACCGGCAGCCUGAGCCGCCCGAGCGGAGCCGGAGGGAUGGAGGACAGGGGGACGAGGAGCCAACGGGCGAACCGGGGCAUGGAGGAGCCCACGACUGAGCGGCUGCAGAGCAAAGCUCAGGCAGAGCUGCAGCUCAAAUCCACCCCGGACCUGCUGCGGGACCAGCAGGAGGUCGCCCAGCCCAGCAGCAGUGAGCACCCCAAGGAGCUCAUCUACGGCAUCCUGAAGGAGGGGAGCAGCGAGAGUGAAAUCUCCCUGAAGAGGAAGACUGCCCGGCUGCUGGAGAAGAUGCAGGAGCUGGCAGUACCUGCCAAGGACACGGCGUGUUCCCAGCCCCAGCACAGAGAGCUGGCCAGGAAGGUGGAGGAGCUGCAGGACAAGCUCGACAAGGAGACCAAGCUCCGCCAGAAGCUGGAGCUGACCAGGGAGCCGGGGAGGAGCGGCUCCGCUCGGGCCCUGGAAGCUCGGCUGCGGGAGGCCGAAGGGGAGAGCCAGCAUCUGCGGGGGGCCCUGGAGAAGAAAACCCAGGAGCUGCAGAGAAGUUUGCAAGAGCUGAGUGAGGUGAAAACAGCCAAGGAGCAGGCGGAGACCCGGCUAGGCGACUGCGAGGAGCAGCUGCUGGCGAUGCACCGAGAGCUCGACCGCCUGCGCAAGGGCUCCGGCGCGUCCCCGGAUGGCGAAGCUUUGUACAAGGAGCUGCUGGAGACCAGGGAGGAGCUGGAGGAGGCACUGAGCUCCAAACAGCGGCAGGAGGAGCAGCUGCGGCUGCGGGAGCGGGAGCUGACGGCGCUGAAGGGAGCCCUCAAGGAGGAGGUGGCCAGCCACGACAAGGAGCUCGACCGUGUCCGGCAGCAGUACCAAAACGACAUGGAUCAGCUGCGGCGCAGCAUGGAGGACAUCUCGCAGGAUCAGGCCAACCUGGAAUCGGAGAGGCAGAAGAUCAGCACCGUGGUGAGGAACCUGCAGCGGGAGCUGGAAGAGAGCACGGAGGAGACGGGGCACUGGCGGGACAUGUUCCAGAAGAACAAGGACGAGCUCCGUAACACCAAGCAGGAGCUGCUGCAGGUGAAGCUGGAGCGGGAGGAGUUUGAGGAGGAGCUGCGGGAGCUGCGGGAGCGCUUCGCGGCCGCCCGGGAGGAGGCGGACCAGGCGCGGAGCAGCGCGCUGGAUCCCGGCGAGCUGGAGUCACUCAGGAAGGAGCUGCGGCAGGCACGGGAGGCGCAGCGGGAGCUGGCGGUGGAGAAGCAGAGCCAGGAGGAGCUGCUGCAGCAGCGGGAGCGGGAGCUGGCAGCGCUGAAGGGCACCAUGCGGGAGGAGGCGUCCAGCCACGAUGGGGAGCUGGAGCGGUACCGCAGAGACCUACAGCAGCUCCAGGAGGAGCGGGAUGAGGCCACCAAGGCAAAGGCAUCCCUGGAGCGCGCACGGGAGGCAUCGGAGCAGACGAGGAAGACGGUGGAGUCCAGCCUGCGGGAGCUGCAGGAGCAGAACGACAACCUGAGGAGGAAGGUCCUCGGGAUGGAGACGCAGCUGAAGGAGUAUGAGCGCUUGGGCGAGAACUGGGAGGGCUCCCAGGCGCGGCUCAAGGAGAAGGUCACCAAACUGGAGGCAGAGCGCAGGCAGAUGGAGGAAUCGCUGGGCGAAGCCACGGAGCGGGAACAGGAGCUGCUGAUGGCCAAGCGGUCGCUGGAGACCCGCCUGGAGGAGGCGCAGCGGAGCCUGGCCCGGCUGACGCAGGAGCACCAGGAGCUGAGCACGUCGUACCAGGACGAGCAGCGGCAGAAGGAGCAGCUCAAGCGCGCCAAGAGUGAGCUGGAGGAGCAGAAGCGCCUGCUCGAUCGCACCACGGAGAAGCUGAACAAAGAGCUGGAGCAGAUGACGGAGGAGUCGCACAGCUCGCUGGCCGUGCUGAAGUCGCAGCUGGAGGAGUUCAAGGAGAAGUCGCGGAAGGAGAUCACAGACUCACAAAAACAAGCCAAGGAUCGGGGCGCCGAGGUAGAAAAGAUGCAGUUCAGCAUGGGACGGCUGCAGGACGAGGUCGCCCGGCUGAAGCAAGCGCUGCAGGACAGCCAGGCAGAGCGGGAGAGCGCGCUGCUGGAUAAGGAGGUGCUGCUCCAGCGCCUGCACAACCUCGAGCAAGAGAUGGAGACCAAGAAACGCUCCCAGGACGAUCGUUCGCGGCACGUCAAGGCGCUGGAGGAAAAGUCCAAGCACCUGGAGGUGGAGCUGGAUGAGGAGAGGACCACAGUGGAGCUGCUGACGGAGAGGGUCAACCGGAGCAGAGACCAGAUCGACCAGCUGCGGGCAGAGCUGCUGCAGGAACGCUCCAGCCGGCAGGACCUGGAGUGUGACAAGGUCUCGCUGGAGAGGCAGAACAAGGAGCUGAAGAGCCGCCUGGCCAGCUCGGAGGGGCUGCAGAAACCCAGCAGCAACGUCUCGCAGCUGGAGGCGCGGGUGGAGGAGCUGCAGGACAAGCUGCAGGCGGAGGAGAGGGAGAAGAGCGUCUUGCUGUCCUCCAACCGCAAGCUGGAGAGGAAGGUGAAGGAGCUGACCAUCCAGAUCGAUGACGAGCGGCAGCACGUCAGCGACCAGAAGGACCAGCUGAGCCUGCGGGUGAAGGCCCUGAAGCGUCAAGUGGAUGAGGCGGAGGAGGAGAUCGAGCGGCUGGAGGGCGCCCGCAAGAAAGCGCAGCGGGAGCUGGAGGAGCAGCACGAGCUCAACGAGCAGCUGCAGAACCGCAUCAAGGCGCUGGAGAAGGAGGCUUGGCGUAAAGCCGCCCGCUCGGCUGCCGAUUCCUCCCUGCAAGACGACCAGCUCAGCUCGGACGAGGAGUUCGACAGCGCCUACGGGCCCUCCUCCAUCGCCUCGCUGCUCAACGAGGCCAACCUCCAGACCAGCUCCUGCUGA